CAAGCCCCUGUCUAUAGACUCUGCCACUAAGUGGGCAGACAGAGCCGAUCUUAUAGCUCGUUCUGCGUAACGUAUUAAACAUGCAGGAAUGUGUAAUCCGUCAUUAUCCUGGGUUCCGACUUACAGCUUUCCACAGUUAAACAACAAAGACGGGCGAAACUUUAAAGGUAUUCUUCCAUCACGAACGUGUGACGGUCAAGUAACCCAAUUACAGACCGACCUGUUGCUUACCAACUAUCAGAGCCACUGGGUAAUAUGGCCGGGCGUGGCAAACCGAGAGCGAUCGCAUCCAAGGCACCGCGGUUUGGGAUCGUGUGCGAGGCUCAAAGGCAGCUCCUCAUACAGCGAGCGCGCAAGGAGGCGGAGAACAGGGCCGAGCAAAGUCUGACUCAUCGCAGCACUCAUCCCGAUCCACUGCUUGUGACGGAGGAGUUUGUUCAACGGUUCAACUCACAUCAGCAUUCGGCGCAGGACAGAGAGAGGCUGAACAACACAGCACAAGCUAUGCUGGCUCGCUGUCGACGGCGAGCGGGGAUCUUUACGAGAGGACGCGGCCCCCACGUGAAUUUGCCAAGCGCCUGGCUGGAGCUUUCCGUCCUUUCUCAAUGCAGCGGACACACAGGAAUCGAAGCUUUGCAAAUGCUGUGCACUUCCGCUGAGCAGACCGAGCUGGAGCCGGCCGUUGCGUCUCCCCUGCUAGCCCUGGCUAAGUGGGCCGUAGCCCACCUGCUCGUCGACGGGGCGAGAUUGCAAGGUCUUCCCGUGUUCGCGGCCAACACGGCCCUGAGUCACCUCACGCUGCUACGGCUGUGUGAAUGUGUUUGUUUGAGACUCUACUGCCUGAAGCUCACAGGAGCCAUCCCUGAAAACAACGCCUUUGAGGACUACAUGUACGGACUCGUUGAGCUGGAAGACGCUUACUCGCUCGUCCCGUGCGCUCGCCUCUCGGUCAACAUCAUCGUCGCCGCCAGCGUCGCAGAGUCGAACUUUCUCCCCGAGAGCGCAUCCGGUCAAUUCCUCCGACGGUCUCUGAUGCUGUGGCUCUGCGUGCGGGAUCGGAAUCGUCACAGCGACCACCACCACCAGCAGCAGCACCAGCAGCAGCAGCAGCUGCUACUUGGAGACGCACUCAACAGUGCCCGGUUUAUCCGCGAAGAUGAGUGGCCUCAGGGAGCGGUGGGACUCCUCGUUCUGGGCGAUGCGGCAGCCAACGGGGAGACCUUCAUCCUCCGGGAGCUGCAACGGAGCUUCGCCGGUGUGCCGCCGUACCCCGAGGGGCUCGGUGAGAUCGGAGCGGCCGCUACCGUCACCGCCGCGUUCCUCUGGCAGUGGCCGUGGCAGAUGUCCUGCAUCUUCCCCUCCGUACUCAGCGACGUGGCCCUCCACGGCCGCACAGCCGAACUCCGAAAGAUGGCCCUCGUUGGCGAGGCGGGCUCAGCUGACGAGGCCUUAGCACCUUGUGGGCCCGGAUCGGGGCCAAAGGGCGGUGGACUCUUGCAGCUGACACAACUCAACAGCGGUAACGAUCAGGAUGAUGACGCCGACGGAGCCGGCCCCCCCGUCUCGCUCAGCGCCGCCGUGCGCUGCUCGUCCGCCCGCGCCCUCCGCCGCCUCUGCCGCGGCCUCCAGCAGGCGGGCGGGGAGGACGGUGCCUCGCCCCGCGGCCUCCCGUCGCUGCGACCUGGGGACCCGUUCCUGGGGAGCGCUCUCGGAGGCGCGAGCGUUGCGGAGGAGCGCGAGAGAGAUGCGGCGGUGCAGGCCGCCUGGAGGUUCGCCCAGGAGGAGUUCAGUUACUCAGCGGGACCAUUGGCCGGCACUACGGGGUCCACGCUGGCCAAUCUGCUGUGCGGAACACAAAGUCACCACCACCCACCUCCACCACCACCACCACCUAAGCACGACGACCAAGCCAAGACAGCGCCGACGACCAGGGCCUCUCGAAGAAAUCUGCGGCAGCCACCUGAACCCUCCGCGAGAAAGCUUCUUCGGAUUUCUAUCCCUGCAGGUCGACAAUCCGGCCCCUCUCUCCUCGAGAGGGCCGACCUUGACUUGCGACAGAUCGUGGACGGCCAAUUCGCCGGCUGCGAGUGAGAGAUUGGCCGGGGGCAAUACAAAGGUUUGUAACGAGAAAAAAAGUUGACUGUUUUGUUGCUGUUGGUUAUGUCGCGUAAAUAUAAGAUGUGUCGCUAUACCUGCCACCACCCAACAUGGCCAAUUCAGGGUCGUAAGGUACCCUAAACGUGCGCAUUAGCUGCUACUUGAACACCGCGUGUGUAAACUCCUAAGUCAGUGUUCUUCAUCGCAAGGCCCCACGGGCCACUGGGCGGCCCCUGGUGGCCUUUAGUGUGGCCCCUGACGUGGACCCCCCCGACAAUCCACACAGAGUGAAGUCGCCCACCACCAUCAUCAUCAUCGUCGUCAUCGCAACGGUUUCAAACGCGUGGCAGCCCACGCACUGACGAUGUCUAAUCGGCGACAGUGGCCCGGACCCCUUUGUUAAUUCGUGAAGACCACCGCUCUAAGCCCUCUGGGUACGGACCGCCCCCCCAGGUGCUCAGUGGCUCCAGCUUCGAGAGCUCUUGCGGGUCUCCGAUCAUCCGAAGCCACGCGGCCACACUCCAGGCUCUGUGCAAGCAGCAGAUGGCGCCAUAGAACGAGAGUUGAGUUGCAGUCGUGGAGCCUGCCUCUUGAAUGCGGGUAGCUAUGUUGAACUUCUUUCGCACCAUACGUAGCCAACCGUGCUAAAUCGGAGGUGCAGGUGGGGAAGGACAACAAACUAAACACCAACAUCAGUUCAAAAGAAAUGAGUGUCAAUCUCGAUGAUGAUUUAAAAGUGCCACAGCUCACAGUGGCUUCCUAAUAUCGGAAGGCAGAGCAUUCCAGACGGCCGCAGAAGCGCUUCUGAAAGCGCGCGAUGAUGCGGUGAUCACCGUCUUUGUUCGAUGGUGAGCCAAAAGCCGUUGCUGCGAGGAUAACCGUAGUUCUCGUGAUGGUUUAUGCGCCUUGACGCGAUCAGCAGCAAGGUAAUUGUGGUUCAGUUGUGGCAAGCACUCUGUAUGUCUAAUGAGUGCGACCUUAAAAUGCAUUCGUUUGGCAACCGGAAGCCAACGCAGCUCGGCGAGCACUGGACUAAUCUUGCAGUAACCCCGUCACGACACGUGCCAGAGAGUUUAACACGGAGUAGGAUUCGCAAAUAAAAUCAUCCAUAAUAGUUUUUUUUGGGUUAGAUCGCGUAAAUAUAUUAAUGUGUCGUUAAAACCCGUCGCCACCCGAAACGUCGUACUCAGAUUGUAAAAGUUGUGGCUUGGCUCUCCAACACACCAGUGUGCUGUACUAGUAGCGAAUUGGCACGUUCUGUUUACGUGAAAACCCUUACUAGUUGGCUGUGUCGGGUGGUGGCGGGUUUUAACGACACAUUUAUAUAUUUGUAAUGAGCGACUUCCGCGACACGUCGUGUGGAGGGAACUCUUCUUCAUUUCACACACGGGCACAACACAGGCCAACUUUAUCUUCUUGCUUUUCCGAGUACAACACUUAGAUGUUAGCGUCCCUACAAGCUACACACACUGUCGAUCAUCCGGCGUGGUUCCACCCGUCCACUCCCGGCCUCGCCGCUGGCUGACGGCAUGCCGGUAAGGGCGGUGGAACUCGGCAGGAUAUCUGCCACGUGGCCGGACGACGGAGAAAGAUGACGGCGAGCAGCGACGCAGUCCAGACCCAAGGCUCCACACACCGACAAUGAGUCCUCCUCCGUCCCCGCUUAUAUUUCCGCAGGCGCGGCUAGGCUCUACCUCCGGCUACGCCCUCUCGUGGAACCUUCCCGCAGGUUCCCAGAGUAUCUCGGCCAGCCCCGUCCCUUUGGGAAUGGAUGAUGUUUUAGUGGUGCCCGUACCCGUGCUUCCCUUUUCCAACCAGCAGGUUUCAUCAUGUCAUUACAUGUUUAAGCGAUCUAACCCAAAAAAACUCUAUUAGGAAUGAUGUUGGUCGCGAAAGCUUACGUGUUAAACUAAGUAGUAACUAAAUCGCACAUUUUGCUUACCUGACAAACCUCACUAAAUGGCCGUGUCGGGAUGGUGACGGGUUUAACGACACGUUUGUAUUUUUACAGAAUCUACCCAGAAAAAUAAAACCUCUUAUGGACGUAGCAGAGAAUUGUGUGAACGCUGCAGCGGGUGAACCACUAACACUGCCGCUCCCCACACAUGCACUACAAUUACGUUUUAGCAGUGCACCGGGUACAUUCCUUUCAGCCUAAGUCGAUAUAGAGGAGACCCAGGAAAAGUUCAUGAAUUAAUUGCCACUGAUGUUACCCGUGGCCGGGUGUGGAACCCGGGCCCCGUAGUGCAGUGUGUUAGCCACGAAGCCGCCACUCCGCACACACAGACACUCAUACACAGACAUGCACAAAUCUGAACACAGACACACAUCACAAACACAGACAUAUGGUCAAAAAAACAUUUGGCUUUAUAAACCAUAUGGAUAAUUGCUGUUGGCGAGCAUCUAUUACAUCGACACACAGUGUGUGUGUGCAUGUAUGUAGUGGGGAGAGGUAGUGUAGCUGUUAGCGCGUUGCGCUACGAACCUGACAACCCGGGUUCAAUUCCCACUCACGGCCAACACCAGUGACGAUUAUCUGUACCGGUCCUCCCCUAGGUUGACUCAGCCUCAAAUGAGUACCCGGUGCGGUGUGUAAACAUCGCCACUGGGGAGACAAAUGCGGUCGGGCGUGGUGUUGGCCACCCAGCCCCUCGUGUGCCGUGACGGCCUUCAUAGGUGCUAAUCGCUAUUAGCACUUGCCCAUACAGCCUGUUAAGGUUAGACGGGGAGGCUUUGUUUUUGUGGUGAAGCUGUUCGCACGCUCCGCUGGGAACCCGUCGACCUGGGUUCGA